AUAUAUAAAUACAAGCCAAAGGAUGCUUCUUUCCUUUCCGUGGAGCGAGGCCCUGUAUAGAUUAUAAAAUCUGGCCGAUCCAAUCCUGCCUGGCAACAAAAAAUAAAUAAAGAAAUAAAACUGAGCAUCAACAGGAACCUUAAGUUGUAGACAAACAACCAGGAAACAUGGUCGGACUUAAACCCUCAGAUGUUCCUCCUCCUCUGGGGGUGAAGAUGGCGAGUGCUGGAGCGGCCGCCUGUAUAGCCGAUAUCGUCACAUUUCCUCUGGACACAGCCAAAGUCAGACUACAGAUUCAGGGAGAGAAGACAGCAGUGGGAGGCAUCCGCUACAGGGGGGUGUUUGGGACCAUCAGCACCAUGAUCCGGACAGAGGGCCCCAGGUCUCUGUACAACGGGCUGGUAGCCGGGCUCCAGAGACAGCUGUGCUUCGCCUCCAUCAGAAUCGGCCUCUACGACAACGUCAAAAACUUCUACACCGGAGGCAAAGACAAUCCCGGUGUGCUGAUUCGUAUCCUGGCUGGCUGCACUACGGGAGCGAUGGCAGUGUCCUUCGCACAACCCACCGACGUGGUCAAGGUUCGAUUUCAGGCCCAGAUGAACCUGGAUGGCGUGGCUCGUCGCUACAAUGGCACCAUGCAGGCCUACAAGCACAUCUUCCAGAAUGAAGGCAUACGAGGACUCUGGAAAGGAACAUUACCAAACAUCACAAGAAAUGCGUUGGUCAACUGCACAGAGCUGGUUACGUACGAUCUGAUCAAGGAGGCCAUCCUCAAACACAAGCUGAUGUCAGACAACCUGCCGUGCCACUUCGUGUCCGCGUUCGGUGCCGGCUUUGUUACCACGGUGAUUGCCUCGCCUGUAGAUGUGGUGAAAACGAGAUACAUGAACUCUCCACCGGGCCAGUACAAAAGCGCCAUCAACUGUGCCUGGACCAUGUUGACUAAAGAGGGGCCCUCGGCCUUCUACAAGGGAUUUGUGCCCUCGUUUCUGAGACUGGGAUCAUGGAACGUUGUGAUGUUCGUCUCGUUCGAGCAAAUCAAGAGAGCAAUGAUGGUCUCGAAGAAGAGGAUGGAGGCCACAAAUUAACAAAAUUUUGACUGUCGCCGCUGGGUUGGAACAUCGAUGAGGAAACCCAGUGUAAAUGAAAUUCUCGUUUUAGCCUUAUCCAACAAUCUUCUUGUCCCGUCGUGACAAAAGAGAAAAUCCUUUGUUUAAAAAGGAGCAUUGGACGAUCUGUCUUGAAUUUGACUUCUUGUGUACGAGAAGACACACACACGUCUCUAUUUAUAUUUAUAAUUUGUCACAAUGAGCCCAUUCCAGACAUUGUGGGAGCAAAUGGUACGGACAUGUGCUGAGUUUGCACGUAAAGGCUCAGUUUCAAAGACAUGAAUGAAGGCUAGUCUUAAGUUAAAAACAUUUAGGGUUAGGGUUCUGGUUUCCGUAACCCUAACCCUGGAGAUCAAAAUUAACGAAGAUCUCCAAGGGUUUGGGUUACGGAAACCCUCGAAAUCAAAAUCUAUGGAGAUCUCCAGGGUUAGGGUUCGGGAAACCCUAACCCUAUCCCUGGAGAUCUUAGUUGAUUUGUUAAUUUCAAUUGUAGGACCAGGUCUUAUCCAUAACUCGAGUCAUUUUUCCAUGUGUCAGCUUUAAGCAGUGCAUCCUUGCAUGUGCUAAGUAACAUUGGCACCCAUGAUAAUAAGUGUAAAACAUGUUUAUAUAAAUCCUAAAUAUAUUCGACUUGUUUUACAGA